GCGGCGGGCCGGGCACCCCGGAGCGCCGUGCCGCGCUCUUCGCUUCUCCUCUUUUCCCCUCCACGCCGCCCCCUCUUUCUCCUUCUCGCAGUCCUUCCCCCCCACUAUCCUCUCCCUCUCCUUUCCCUUCCCCACCCCACCCCCCGAAAGAAAAAAAGAAACCACAAAAACUUUUCGGUCCUUCCCCCGCCCCUCGCCCGUUAUUCGUCGUGGCUCGAGCCCGGCCGCGCCGCCCCGAGGGCGCCUCCCCACCACCCGGCUUGGGCUUGCUACUGCUGCUGCUGCUGCUGCUCUUGCAACUCCGACCAUCGCGGGACCCAGAAAAAUGUCGACCACACUUCUGUCGGCCUUCUACGACAUCGACUUCUUGUGCAAGACGGAGAAAUCCCUGGCCAAUCUCAAUCUGAACAACAUGCUAGACAAGAAGGCCGUGGGGACGCCCGUGGCCGCCGCCCCCAGCUCCAGCUUCACUCCGGGCUUCCUCCGACGGCACUCGGCCAGCAACCUGCACGCGCUCGCCCACCCUGCCCCCAGCCCCGGCAGCUGUUCGCCCAAGUUCCCGGGCUCCGCUAACGUGGGCGGCGGCGGCGGCGGGGGCUGCAGCAGCAGCAGCAGCGUGGGCGUGGGCGGCCCGGCUUCUUACGGACCCCUGAAGGAGCCGUCGGGGGCCAUGGGCACGGCGCUGCUCAACAAGGAGAACAAAUUCCGGGACCGCUCGUUCAGCGAGAACGGCGAGCGCAGCCAGCAACUCCUGCACCUGCAGCAGCAGCAGAAGGGCGGCGGCGGCGGCGGCGGCUCGCAGAUCAACUCCACGCGCUACAAGACGGAGCUGUGCCGCCCGUUCGAGGAGAGCGGCACGUGCAAGUACGGCGAGAAGUGCCAGUUCGCGCACGGCUUCCACGAGCUGCGCAGCCUCACGCGGCACCCCAAGUACAAGACGGAGCUGUGCCGCACCUUCCACACCAUCGGCUUCUGCCCGUACGGGCCCCGCUGCCACUUCAUCCACAACGCGGACGAGCGGAGGCCGGCGCCGCCGCCCUCGUCCUCGUCGUCGGGGGCCGCCGCCGUGGCCGGGGACCUGCGCGCCUUCGCCGCCGGCGGCGCCCGCGACGCGCUGCACCUGGGCUUCGCCCGGGAGCCCCGACCCAAGCUGCAUCACAGCCUCAGCUUCUCGGGCUUCCCGUCGGGUCAUCACCACGCACCGCCACCCCCGGGCGCCCUCGAGUCGUCGUCGUCGCCGCUGCUGCUCGCCAGCCCCACGUCGCGCACGCCGCCCCCGCCGCCGCCGCCGCCUCCUCCUCCUUCCUCCUGCUCGUCGGCCUCCUCCUGCUCGUCGUCCUCCACGUCGUCCUGCUCGGCGGCCUCCGCGCCCUCGGGAGGAGCCCCGACGUGCUGCGCCUCGACGGCGGCGGCGGCUGCAGCGGCGGCGGCCGCCCUGCUCUACGGCACCGGGGGCGGCGGCGCGGAAGACCUGCUGCCUCCCGGGGCGCCGUGCACCGCCUGCUCCGCCGCCGCCGCCUCGUCCCCGGGCGCCAACAACGCCUUCGCCUUCGGUCCCGAGCUGAGCAGCCUCAUCACGCCGCUGGCCAUCCAGACGCACAGCUUCGCCGCGGCCGCCGCCGCCGCCGCCUACUACCGCAGCCAGCAGCAGCCGCCGCCGCCGCCGGUCCCCGCGCAGCCGCCCUCGCCGCCCUUCGGCUUCCAGCUGCCGCCCCGACGCCUGUCCGAGUCGCCCGUGUUCGACGCGCCCCCCAGCCCCCCGGACUCGCUGUCCGAUCGCGACAGCUACCUGAGCUCCGGCAGCCUCAGUGGCUCCGAAUCGCCCAGCCUCGACCCUGGCCGCCGCCUGCCCAUCUUCAGCCGCCUGUCCAUCUCCGACGAUUGAGGCAAGAGGGCGCCAGUGAGAUGGAGGAGGAGGAGGGAAAGGCCGCCCUGGGUUGUUUGCAGGGAGCCCCCCCCCCCCCUUCUUAACCCCCAUCUGCUAGCUCGCCCUUGCAAGAAGGCAUGGGGAAGGGAGAGAGGAUGGGGGGGUGUAAGUGGGGUGACAAAGCCACAGGAGGACUUUGGCAGCUCCCACCCACCACCACCACCCCCAUCCCCACCGAGCACUUGGACUCGAACUCUGUGCCAGGAGGAGCGCCCCACCACUCCUCCACUUCUUUCGGUUUUUUUCUCGUUUGGGUUUUUUUUU